AUGGAUACAAAAGGCAUUGUUUUUGUAAUAUUUACCGUUUUUCUAUUUUCAUUUUAUCUUUCUUCAACGGCAAUUAUCCCGACUGUAUCAAUAACAUUGGAAAUCACGUCACAAUCAAAAAUUAACUUGAUGGAUUAUGAUAACAAGAGCAAGUUGUACACAAGAAACAUUCAUAAUCAAGCUUCACCAAUGUUCAAUUUUCACGAGAAUAAUGUGAUUUUUGAGCCUCAACCAAUGUAUGAUCUACGAACUCGUUAUGAAAAACCGCGUAAAAAGACAAGAAAUGUUCGUACACAAACUAAGGAUGUUACUAUGUUCUCUAAUGAGCUUCGCGGAAUGGAUUCUCAGACUUUUAUAAUAGAUAUCGAUGAUAAAAGGUUGGACAAGUCACUAUACACCAUCGACAAUGAUGGUGGCAUGAUAAAUGAUCGAGAUGCUGAACUUGAUGCAAAAGAAACAUAUACAACAAAUACAACAAAUACAACAGCGAACAAUCCUCCGCCAACAGAUCUCGAUCCUCUCAUCGAAUACGCCGAAGAGCCUCUCUUAUCACUUGAAGAAGCUUGUGCUCCGCUAGAUAGUAUUCUCCAUAAUUUAUCAUUCUAUGUUCAAAUGGCACUUGAUGAAACACCAAAGGAACCGCCAGAUAAUUUAACCAUAGAUGAGAGUGCAGCUAUUCGUCUAUAUUCAAUUGAAUGGGCAGCACCACAUCGUAGUCUUUAUUCUAUGCUCAAUUAUACAUUGAAGACGUGCCCUCGUUCGGAACUGCAACCUUAUUUCAAAUACAUGAAACUUUUCUUAAGUGCUCUAGUGAAAUUACCAUGUGUUCCACCGUUGACAGUUUGGAGAGGUGUGACGAAAAACUUGAGCGCAGAAUUUCCUCCUGGAACUCCUGUCACAUGGUGGGCGUUCUCGUCGUGUACGACUGAAUUGACUGUUCUGGAAAAUAAUAUGUACUUGGGUAACGAAGGUAGUCGAACACUGUUUUCAGUCGAAGUGUUCAAUGGCCGAACAAUACGUGCUCAUUCUCACUUCGUCACGGAAGAGGAAAUACUUCUUCUACCUGGUACUCAUAUGAUUGUUCAAUCAUUAUUUAGUCCAGCACCUGAUCUUCAUAUUAUUCAUUUGAAACAAGUGAUUCCUGAAAUAACCUUACUCGAACCUCCUUUCGAAGGCGCUCAUAUCUAUCCAAAGAUCAAACGCUCAUGGUAUCGCAAGAAAAGGUAUAACAUUCCAGUAUGUUUAUUAGCGCUUUUAGUUGUUGGAGCAAUUAUUCUGGGAUGUGUGUUAGGUCUACGAUCGACGACUAAAACACCAGCAUAUGUUUGCAUGGAACCGUAUCCGAUUUCGUCGAGUUUCACAAUUGGAUCUUCUCCAAGUUAUCUGGCGGUGGCAGAUUUUAAUAACGACACAAACUCAGAUGUAGCAGUUCUUACCGAAGAUUCGAAUCCUCUUUACAUCUUAUUUGGCAACAGUGGAGGAACCUUUCCAACUGAAAUAAGUUUCGUAUCUGGUAAUUUUCCGUAUAGUGUUGACGCGGUAGAUUUGAAUAUGGAUAACAUGACGGAUUUAAUCAUAGCAAACGAAAACGACAAUGCAUUCAGUGUAUUUAUUGCCAAUACUGACGGUUCAUUUGGUAUUCAGACUCGAUUUCAAAUUGGUGCCAGUGUGGGUUCGGUUGUAGCAGCUGAUGUUAAUAAUGAUCAAAUUCUAGAUCUUGUAGCAACUAAUCUUAAAGAAAAUACCGUAAGCGUUCUAUUAGGUAUUGGUGAUGGAACAUUCAUCGGACUUACAUUAUAUCCAACUGGCAAUCGCCCUCGUUCCGUAGCGACAGGUGAUUUUAAUAAUGACUCAGUCAUCGAUCUGUCAGUAGCGAAUCAGGAUGAUGGUACUAUUAGUGUAUUACUUGGUAAUAGCAAUGCCACAUUCCAGGAGCAAGUCAUUUAUUAUGUUGAUCCACUCGUAGACACUGUGAUAGUACGUGACUUUAAUUAUGAUGGCAUACUGGAUCUAGCAGUAUCGAACUUCGGAUAUGACAACGUUGGUAUAUUGAUAGGUAAUGGUGAUGGAACGUUUCAAGAUCAGAUUGUAUUUGAAACCGAGGGCGGACCAAAUAACUUGGACGCUGCUGACUUUAACAAUGAUGGCAUACUAGACUUGGCAACUCCUAAUUGGAAUUCGGAAACUGUCUGUGUAUUGUUUGGAAAUUCAGAUGGUACUUUUCAGGAUUGUGUGUCGUAUCCUGCAGGAGCUACUCCAAGUGACAUCGCUUUUGGCGAUUUUAAUCAUGAUAACUAUACGGAUAUAGCAGUGACUAACUACAACGACAGAACUGUUAGUGUAUUGCUCAAUCAAGGAAAUGGAACAUUUCAGUCACAAACGAAAUAUACCGUUGGUUCUGGACCAAGAUCAUUGGUAUCAUUCGAUGUUAAUCAAGAUCAUCAUCUGGAUUUAGUUAUCAUAUGCCAAACAGAUACAAAUAAUUACAUUCUAUUAGGCAAUGGAAACGGACUUUUUCAGGCUCGAGUACCAUAUGCAAUGGAACAAAAUCAUCAAUUUAUGACAUCAAGUGACAUUAACAAUGAUAAGAUGUUAGAUCUAAUUCUAAUCUAUGACAAUAACAUGCUUCGUAUAUUUUAUGGUAGUGCAGAUGGAACGCUUGAAAAUCAAAUAGAUUAUUCACUUCCAUUCAAUGCUACUUUUGUAUUAACUGCUGAUUUCAAUAAUGAUUCAAAUUUGGAUUUAGCAUUGACUAAUCAAUACAACAACUCCAUCAUUAUAUUGUUGGCCGGGAAAAAUCAUACUUUCAAUACCGAUAAUACCUUCCAAUUUCCGGUGGGUAAUCAGCCAACUUCACUAACCACGGGAUACUUUAAUGAUGAUAAGAUAUUGGAUUUGGCAGCAAGUAAUUAUUAUGGAAGAAAUGUCAGUGUAUUAUUUGGACAGGGUAAUGGAACAUUCCAGUCUCAUAUUAUGUACAAAACUGGCCCCAAUCCGUAUUCUAUCAUAUCUAUUGAUUUCAAUAAUGAUCACUAUAUGGAUUUAGUUACCGCCAAUCAGGGUGAAAAUACUGUUAGUAUUUUGUAUGGUAAUCAGAGCGGAACUUUUCAGACAUUGAUGAAAUUCAAAGUAGGAACUGGACCAACUACUUUGCUCUCAGGUGAUUUUAAUCGCGAUGACAAAAUCGAUAUCGCUGUUGUCAACCAAGGAGCCAACGACAUCACCAUAUUAUUUGGCAAUGGAACUACAAGUCUUCUUUUUCAACAAACAUAUUCAACACAUGUUUGGCCAAGUGCUUUGGUUUCAGCUGAUUUCAAUAAAGAUAACAAAAUCGAUUUAGUAGUUACAAAUAAAAAGUCUGGUGACAUGACCAUUUUUCUGAAUGCAUGUCUGUAA